CAGCGCGCCGCCUCCCGGCCCCUCGGCGUCUCCUCCGUCCGCUCCGUCCGCGGCUCUCUCUCCCUCCACAAUGCGCUCGUCUUCGGCGUCCGUCCGCAGCUCCGUCCCGGCGGCUGUGCGGGGCAGACCGGGGCCGCCAUGACGGCUGGGUGGCGGGAGAAGAGGCCGGCGGUGCCGGGGCUGCCGCCCCUGCAGCCCGGGGCGCGCCACGCCGUCCUGGCGGCGCUCUGCGUCCUCUGCUACAGCAACUCCCUGCGCGGGGAGCUCGUCCACGACGACGUGUGGGCCAUCGUCAACAACCCGGACGUGCGUCCCGGCUCCAGCCUCUGGAGCGUCUUCAGCGACGACUUCUGGGGCAAGAGGAUGGGGGACAACACCAGCCACAAGUCCUACAGACCUCUGUGCAUCCUUUCAUUCAAGUUGAACAUCUUGCUGGGAGGAAUGACGCCUGUGUACUUCCACGCUGUAAACAUGUGUCUGCACACCGCCGUCACCUGCCUGCUCAUGUACACCUGUGAGCGGUGCGUCUUCCAGGAGACCCACCUGGCCUUCCUCACAGCGCUCCUGUUCGCUGUUCAUCCCGUCCACACGGAGGCCGUGUCGGGUGUUGUGGGGAGGGCGGACAUCCUGGCCUGCCUGCUGUUCCUGCUGACAUUCCUGUCUUAUGUCAGGAGUGUGGGACGCUGUGUCUCGGAGGACGCCCUGCCAUCAACGGAGUCUCCGGGGUCUCUGCUGCUCAGCCUCCUACUGGGAACCAGCGCCAUGCUGGUCAAGGAGACGGGCAUCACCGUGUUUGGAGUCUGCGUGGUCUACGAUGCCCUGGUGCUCUGCCGCCGCUCCCUCACUCAUCACCUGUCCAGCUCCAGACCCAGUGGCCUUGUGAACAUCUGCAGCCCCUUCAUGAAACGAGCCGCCCUCAUCUCUGGCUAUGUGCUGAUCAUCAUGUCAGUCCGGCUGUGGCUGAUGGGCGGCUCCAUGCCGCUGUUUUCUGAACAGGAUAACCCCGCCUCCUUCUCACCUCACGUCCUCACCAGGUUCCUGACCUUCUCGUACCUGCUAUCCUUCAAUGCCUGGCUGCUGCUGACGCCAGUCGUCCUCUGUUACGAUUGGCAGGUGGGCAGCAUCCCGCUUGUGGAGUCUCUCGGUGACGUUCGAAACAUGGCCACCAUGCUGCUGGCCGGGGUGAUGUUGGUGCUCUCCCUACGCUGCAUCUCCUCUCUGCAGAGGCAGGAAGGCUGGGAGGUGUUGGUGGGAAUGCUGUUCCUGGUUUUUCCCUUCAUUCCCGCCAGUAACCUGUUCUUCAGGGUGGGCUUUGUGGUUGCCGAGAGGGUCCUCUACAUGCCCAGUAUGGGUUACUGUAUCCUGGUGGUCCAUGGUAUGGGUCGGCUGUGUUCGGUGGCAGGUCGUUGGGGCACCACACUCCUCAGUGUCUCCAUGCUGCUGCUCCUUCUGAUAUUCUCCUGGAAAACUGUCUCCCAGAACAACGUAUGGCUCUCAAGGGAGGCCCUAUUCCGCUCAGGUAUCAGGACUCUGCCUCACAACGCCAAGGUCCACUACAACUACGCCAACUUCCUGAAAGACGGCGGUCGGUACGAGGAAGCUAUCCACCACUACAACACGGCCCUCAGUUUGUACCCUCGUCACGCCAGCGCCAUGAACAACCUGGGCACUCUGACCGGCAGCCCAGAGGAGGCGGAGCUUUACUACCGUAACGCUCUGGACAUCAACCCCCAACACAACCGGGCCCUGUUCAACCUGGGGAACCUGCUCAGGUCCCAGGGGAAGGACCAAGAGGCCCAGGCUCUGUUGAAGGACUCCCUCCAUUACGGCCCACAUUUUGCUGACGCGUACUCCAGUCUGGCAUCUCUCUACGCAGAGCAGAAACGCUUUGCUGAGGCCAAUGACGUGUACGUGAAGGGAAUAGAGAACUGCCCCGAUAAUUCUGACCUCCACAACAACUACGGCGUGUUUCUGGUGGACACAGGAGAAGGGGAGCUGGCUGCAGCCCACUACCAGCAAGCAGUGCAGCUCAAACCAGCCCAUUAUGUUGCCAUGGUGAACCUGGGCCGUCUGCUGCGAUCGUCCAAUGACAACGAAGAGGCCGAGUCUUGGUUCAAAAGGGCUCUGCAGGUGACCAGGAAGGUGGACGUCCUUACUCCUCUGGGAGCUCUGUACUACAACACAGGCCGGUACCAGGAGGCCCUGCAGGUGUACCGAGAGGCGGCUGCACUGCAGCCACACAGUACUGACAUCUGGCUGGCUUUGGCCCAGGUUCUGGCGGUGGCUGGCCGCGGUGCAGAGGCAGAGAAGAUGACUCUGGACAUCAUCUCCAGAGAAAGCAGCUGUAUUGAAUGUUACCGCCUGCUGUCGGCCAUUUACAGCAAACGUGGAAACUACACUCAGGCUCUCCAGGCCCUGGACUGGGCCCUGCAGCAGAACCCCCCUGACAUAUCAGUCAGAGCUGAGCUGUACUUCUCUCAAGGAAACCAGCUGAGGGAGCUUCAGCAGCUGGACCGGGCCUUUCAGAGCUACAAACAGGCCGUUGAGCUGAACCCGGACCAGUCCCAGGCCUGGAUGAACAUGGGAGGGAUCCAGCACAUCAAGGGCGACUAUGCAACGGCCAGGAUGUACUACCAGCGAGCUCUGCUUCUCAACCCGGGUUCCAAGCUGCUGAAGGAGAACUUGGCCAAACUGGACCGGCUGGAGAAGAGACUGGCAGGGGGGGCCUAGAUGGGGGGGUGGGGUACCGGAGCACAGGGAGGACCAAGAGGAGGAGGAGGAAGGACUGCUGAAGGCAGAAGAUGGAAGUUCAGUCUGUCAAACCUUCAUCAUGUACAUGUUUCCACCUGUGACUUAUUCACCUUCACGUAAAUCUGAUUCCAUAACCAAAUUUAAUGACAUUGUAUCUCCUCUGCCUUUAAGAAUUUUCUUGAAAUGACAUUUGUGCAGUAAAAAUGUUCAACGCAGCUCCUUUCAUGAAGAGAUUGUGUGUUGGAGUGGUUUCUUGACUUUAGUUUUGGGAACCAGGGUUCGUCCCUCCCGGCUAGAGGUGACCGGGUCUUUGCAGGAACCGGUCCUGGCUCUGGACCGAGCUGCACCUACGCCCGCAUCCUUCUAUUACUCCCUAGCAUUUAACUCACCAGGAUUGUUUUAUUUUAUUUAUGUGUUUUAUGUUUUACGUUGACCUGCUUUGGUUUUGGUUUUCCUU